AUGGAGAAAGUACAAAUAAAGAAGACGGAGGCCGAUGCAGCAUUAGAAGAUGGCUCGAAGACCAAAAAUUCCCUUCUCUACAUGUGCUCUCAAAUGAACAUAUCCUACCCGAGCUAUCAAAAUUGUUGCUACUAUUACUGUUAUCCCUACAUCAGUUAUGGACCCUACGUUUGCUAUAAACCGGCUAGACCUUGUGGACCUUGUGGUUAUGGGGCUUAUGGCCCUAGUGGGCCGUUUGGUCCCUGCAGAGCUUGUGGUUUUCCUUGCGGUUGGGACUGCCAUCGUCACUGCCCUCCUCUAAAUUCCACUCUGUUUUGUUCAAUCCCCUAUUGGACAGAUGCUAGGCUUUAUGGCACUAACUUGCCAGGCGUUCAGUGUAGCCUUUGUGGUAAUAUCGGUUGUCCACCUAUAUUCAAACCUGUACUUGUUCCUUACAACUGCACUUUCAACACACCCACAUUUUCUGCUGGUUCGGAAUCAUAUAUGGUGCCAUUUCAAGGUUUCCAUUGCAACAGUCAUCUUCCUUUAACUUUUAUCAAUCCAAUUCAACCACAUUCGGGCUCGAAUACUUUAUUAAAGAAACAAACAGACAAACCUAAGAGACAAUAUAUAAUAUGCAGAGCAAAAUCGGAGAAAGCUAAUUCAAAUAAGAGUGCCAAACCUAGUAGAGAACCUCCAGAGAGACUGAAUAUAUUGCUACUGCCGCGUGUGAUAGGUGAGGCUCCAGCCGGCAAGAAGAAAAAACCGGAAAAGACACCUAGAGAAACACCAGAGAGAUUAAGCAUGUUGUUGCUACCACGUGUCAUAGGAAUGGAUGACCCAAAAAAGAAAUCUGACAAACCCCAAGCAGUCACUCGAGAAUCGCCAGAGAGGUUGAACAUAUUGUUGCUUCCACGUGUGAUAGGAGAGGAUGCCCCAAAAAAGAAAUCUGAUAAAGCCCAAACAGUCACUCGAGAAUCGCCAGAGAGGUUGAACAUAAUGUUGCUACCACGCGUUAUGGGGGAGGAUGCCCCAAAAAAGAAAGCCAAACCAACAGAAGUUGCUCGGGAAUCGCCAGAGAGAUUGAACACGUUGUUGCUACCACGUGUAAUAGGGGAGGCUGCUAAACCUAAAAAGAAAUGA